CCUGCACCCCGACCUCGUGUGACCUGGGCUGCAGCCGGCGGGAAGAGGCUUGCCCGGGCCUGGCGCUGUGGCUGUGGGGUCCUGGAGGGGUCCUGUGCUACGCCCCGCCCCUGCGCCCCUGCGCCCCUGCGCCCCUGCGGUGGGAGACGAGCAGCUUUCCAGCCUCCUCCUGGCUCCUGGGCUGUGGGGGCCUCACGGGGCUCCCAGGCAGGCCUGGGCAGCGGCCCUCAGCACAUGCCAGGAACACUCCAGGAUGCCCGCCGUGGCCGCCCAGCCUGUCCGUCGCCAGCUUCUCAUGGCGGACAAGCUGCCCCUGCUGCCCUGGAAGAUGCAGGGGGACAGUUUGGCUGGAGCCCUUUGGGGUGAAGGCCCUGGCUCCCUCUGUCCAGGGUGCUGAGGGGCCCAAGGGUGUCUGGGAAAUGGCCUGACAGCAUGGGAGCAGCUGGGUGGACACCAGGCCACCACAAGGGGCCCUGACCACGGAGCCGGAGGCGUGGGGUGCUGGGGCCUCCCGCAUUGCUGGGUACUCGUCAGCCAGGGGCUGGCAGGGCUCCCAGCAUGCCCUGACUGGCCACAGCUGUGCCCACAGAGGCCCUCUGGACACGGCUCCCCGGGCACUGGCCCGGGCUAGCCCUCCCCUCCUGGUCAGAGGCCUGCCGGGCACCCCAGCCCACGCAGCCCUCGGUUCCUCCCCAGUAAAGGACGAGCCAGGGCCGCGUGGAUCCUGCCCUUCUCUUGCGCUGUCCCCGGCCCCACCUUGUGCCCCCCACGCUGCCUGGGCCUGCCUGGCCUGGUCCAGGUCUUUGCCACGGGAGGGAGCCCGGGCCAGGCUCCCCAGCAGGCCCCAUGCGCUGCCCCCACGGCCUUCCAGCCACUGCCCUGUCCUGCUAGGCCCCCACUGCCUAGUUUGGAGUGUGCCCCAGGCCCCCGGUGACUCCUCCAGCUCAGAUACACUGCCCCUGGCCCCACUGCCACUGCCAGGCCCUGCCCCCAGGGGCCUGAGCCCAGCGGCUCACAGUGCCCGGGGGCAGCCCCUCAGCGGGCAGCGGGACCAGCCUGGCCCCAUCAGGAUACACUCGCAGGGAGGCCUGGGGUCUCUGGGGCACACUCGGGGUGCAUGGGAGCCCGCUCUGCCACUGGCUGCCUGUGCUGGGAAGUGGGCCGGCUCUGGGCAGGGUGGGGCCAGGUGUGCCCGCCCGCUGCCCGGCCCAGAACAGGAGCCGCUGCCAGUGCUGAGGCGGCAGGGAGCCGGCAGCCCUACUGCGGUGCCACCAUGGUGUCCCGGGGACAGGCGAGCCUGGGCCCCCGGUACGUGGGGCUCUGGGACUUCCAGGCCCGGACGGACGAGGAGCUGAGCUUCCGGGCAGGGGACCAUUUCCUGGUGGCCAGGAAGGAGGAGGAGUGGUGGUGGGCCACACGGCUGGAUGCGGCGGGCAGGGCCCUGGCAGAGGGCCUCGUGCCCCACAACUACCUGGCCGAGGAGGAGACGGAGGCGUCUGAGCCGUGGCUCUUCGGCCGCAUCUCCCGCUCCGAGGCAUCGCACCGCCUGCAGGCCCACGGCGGCGGGCCGGGCACCUUCCUGGUCAGGGUCAGCGAGAAGCCGGGUGCCGACUACGUCCUCUCCGGUAGGGUGCGCCGCCAGCCCCGCCCCCAGUCCCCGCCAUUCCGCUCGCAGGAGGACAUCUACCUGUCCCACGACCGCAAUGUCCCCUACAAGUGGACGGCGCCAGAGGCCCUCUCCCACGGCCACUACUCCACCAAGUCCGACGUCUGGUCCUUCGGGGUGCUCCUGCACGAGAUCUUCAGCAGGGGCCAGACCCCCUACCCAGGCAUGAACAACCACGAGGCCUUCCAGCGGGUGGAGGCUGGCUACCGCAUGCCCCCGCCCCCCGAGUGCCCGUCCCCGGCGCACAGGCUGAUGCUGUCCUGCUGGCACCGGGACCCGGAGCAGCGGCCGGGCUUCGCAGCCCUGCGGGACGGCCUCUGCAGCUUGGCCAGGUACGAGAGCCCCCCCUGACGCCCCCACCGCCGCCUGGGCGCAGGCCCCACGGCGGGAUGGCGGGAGGGAGCCCAGCUCGGUCAGCCUGUCCCGGGGCAGCCGGCCUGGCAGGACUCGGGCUCUGGCUGCGGGAGACAGGGCGGCCGGCGCUGGGCGCUGCAGCCCUAGGGCCCAGGCUGGGUGCUCGCCUGGCCCCGGGGGCAGUGUCUGGACGGGGCUCGGGCGGCCCUCGGGGGCGCCCCGGCGAGUCCAGCCAGGAAGCGAACGCCAUGGCCCUCCCGGCUCCACGGACGACAGCCACAGCCCUGCCCAGCUGAGGCCGCCGGCCCGGACCUGCCUCAGCUGACCCCUGGGGGCCACAGCCACGGUACCUGGGAUGGACUCCUGUGGCUACUCAGCCUGGGCCAGCAGGGCCUACCCCAGGGACGUGGACGGGCAGCAUGCCGUGCUCAGAAGACGCCUUCCUCCAGGGCUGGACUUUGCCCUCGCACCUCCCAGGCCCCCGCAGGGCGUGGCCUGCAGUGUGCGGCCUCUUCCAGGCCCGUCCAGGCCUUGGUGGAGGCCCCAGCCCGCAACCAGCCUCGGGUCCCGCCCACGGCACCCGGCCCAGUGGCCACCCUGAGCCCCCUCGUG